AUGUCAAUGCCAAUGGAGAUUUCAAAUAAAACAUUUGAAGCUGAUAUCAAUCAAGAUGAGACUAUAGCGGUUACAAAACAGCGUCGGUUUCUAAAACAUUGUCGAAAAAUUAUGAUAGAUGAACCGAAGAAAAUAUUGUCAUUUCAAUCGUCAGAAUGGAUUAGUGCAUUUCGUUUCAAUUCAUCAUAUCCAUUAUUUACACGAGGUGAUAUUGAUGGUUUCGUGGCAUUAUUUAUCAAUAAUUUGGCAACUCUAUUAAGUGUGAUAAUGGGUUUACAACCAACAUUAGGCAAUGAUAUUGUCUAUGGCAAGAUUUUACCUGGAGUCGGACUAUCUAUGAUAUGGGGUAAUUUCUAUUAUGUUUACAUGGCUCGAAAACUUUCAUAUAAAGAAAAACGUGGUGACGUAUGUACUAUGCCGUAUGGUAUCAAUACUCCCGGUGCAUUUGCUUUCAUUUAUGUUAUUAUUCUACCGACAUACAAUCACUGUAUGCUGUCACAUGAGAAAAACUAUUGUCAAGAAAUGGCAUGGUAUGUGGCUUUGGCAAGUAAUUUCGUAACUGGCAUCAUUCUUCUACUACUAUGUUUUUUCGGUGAAUUUAUUCGAAAAAAGACACCCAGCGUUGCUCUACUUUCGUCGAUUUCUGGCCUUGGAUUUGUUUACUUGGCACUCAAUCAAUUUUUUCCUUUAGCUGCAAUACCGAUGGAAUCAUAUAUUCCGCUAGCUAUUGUAAUGCUUGGCUAUUUUGGUGGAGUAAAGUAUGGUCCUUUUCCGGUGGCAUUUUUGGCAUUAGUUACAGGUACAGCUCUUGGCUGGAUUACACCAAAGAAAAAAGUAUCUGCAGUAGUCGAAGCACUCGAUCUUGUGAAAGGCUAUCAACCAGUGUUUCCAAUUACACAAAUAUUUCAACAUUUUAAGUUCGUCAGCAGUUAUCUUUCAACAACUAUACCUACAGCUAUAUCCAUAGCAAUUGGAACAAUUCAAUGUGUUGAAUCAGCUAAACGAGCAGGUGACUUUUAUCCUACACGAGAAGUAAUGUUUGCCGACGGAGUUGGAACGUUAAUAGCUAGUUUAUUUGGAUCUGUUUUUGGCAUGACAACUUAUAUUGGCCAUCCAGCAUUUAAAAAGAUGGGUGCAAGACAAGCUUAUUCUAUCAUGAAUGGUCUUGCUUAUUUACCAUUAUGUUUUCUUGGUAUUACUGCUCUUCUCAUGUCCAUGAUUGCUAUCGUUUCAAUCAAUCCUAUUAUCAUUUUUAUCGGUUUGGUCAUAUGUGCUGACACAUUGUCUAUAACUCCGCAACGUCAUUAUCCUGCGUUUCUUCUUGGCAUCAUGUCAAUUGUAGCUGAAUGGGCUCACAGUACGAUUGUCGAUGGUGUUACUACUGCUUAUAAAAAUUUUACUGUAUCCAAUGUGGACUUCUCAAACAAUAUAACAUCUAAUAUUGUAAGUUAUCCUUACAGUGGCUUAGUUAAUUUUGCUGGUGGUUCACAAUUACAAUGUAUAUUUAUUACUGCUAUUAUGAUGUAUAUGAUCGAUCGAAAAUUUGUACAUGCAGCUUUCUGGUCUUUUCUUGCAUCAAUAUUCGCAUUUUUUGGUUUGAUUAAUUCAAGUCGAGUCGGUAUUCUUGUGAAUUAUGAUGAUAAUGGUUGGCGAUUUACAAUUGCUUAUUUGUCCAUGAGUGCAUUAUUUGGAUUAUUAGAAUUAGGACAACGACAUAAAUGGGUCAAAGAACCAGAAACAGAACCUGACGAUUUAUCAAGCAUCGAAUGGGCUGAAUGGAAACGACUACAGAAAUUAGAAGAACCAACGGGAACAACUGAUAAAAUGUCAAAAGUGGAUGUAUAA